UCUGUGCUUUUUGUUUUCAAGAAAAAUGAGAAUUUUAAUCUACAAAAGUUGUCCUGUUUGGCCAUAGAUUUUGAAGUUGAAGUGCUUGUACAUGUAUUUUAGGUGGAAAAUUUUGAACUUUUGUAAGUAGAAGUCCCAAAAUUCCAGAAAUUGGUAUGAGAUAGUGUCUGGGAACUUGAAAAUGUUAAAGAUUAGAUUUUGAGAUGAAAUUUCACGGCCAAAUGUAUGGCCUAACGCUAGCGUAGUAUGUGAAUUUAUUCGUAAUUUGAUUGAGACAGAGUCUUUCUGCUUUUCUUUUCUGUUUUGCCAUUCUGUAGAGAAUAUUAGUAUUUGUUCCCAUCAGUCUCUCUGAUAUAUGCCUUACCUUUUUCUUUGAGAAUCAGAAGAUAAGUGUCCUUUUUCGUGUCGUCUCAGCAUGGUGAGUUUUUUUUUUUUAAAUUGUGAUAGAGAUAAUUCUUGGUUGUGCAAAUAUUCUAAUUUGUACAGUAAGUUAAGUUCUGUCAAUAAAACAACUUCUCCGUGAACCUGCAAAUGUGCCAUUGAAGUUAAGUUUUUAUUAGUUGUCACUGAGUUGGUAUAUAUUGAACUACAGACAUGAACAUGAAUCAUUUGACUGUUGAAACUGAAGAUACUCUUGCUAGCUUGCUUGAAAUUGCAUCCAACAACGAUAUAGAUGCUUUUAAAAGAUGGAUUGAGCAUGAUCUAUCCAGUAUUCAUGAGGUUGGGAUGUGGUAUGGGCGCCAAAAGGGUACAAGGCAAAUGGUUCUCGAGCAUAGAACCCCUUUAAUGGUUGCUGCUAUGUAUGGUAGUAUUGAUGUUUUAAAGCUGAUUCUUUCACUAGCUGGAGUUGAUGUGAAUCGUUCUUGUGGCCGUGAUAAUAGCACUGCCCUUCAUUGUGCUGCCUCAGGUGGAUCUUUGAAUGCUGUUGAGGCUGUCAAGUUGCUUUUAGAAGCUGGUGCUGACCCAAACUUCAAAGAUGCCUAUGGUCAUCGCCCUCUUGAUGUUUUAGUUACUUCACUGAAGGAUCACACCAUCAAAUCGUGUCUAGAAAAUCUGCUCAAAACUGAUGGUAUGGGAGAUUGCAACCUGAGGGUGUCUAUGGCCAGUUCAAACUCAAAUUCUCCACCACUUUCGCCUUCUCUUGGAAAUAUAUCACCAUCUUCUGCUUCAGAUACCACUUCUUCUCCGAGGAGUGCAAAAUCUAGUGACCUCCCUGUGCCCUCUCCUCCGGAGAAGAAAGAGUACCCAAUUGAUCCUUCCUUGCCUGAUAUAAAGAACAGCAUCUACUCCACAGAUGAAUUCAGGAUGUUCUCAUUUAAGAUCAAGCCAUGCUCUCGUGCAUACUCCCAUGAUUGGACUGAAUGUCCAUUUGUCCAUCCAGGUGAAAAUGCUCGAAGAAGAGAUCCAAGAAAGUACCACUACAGCUGUGUACCUUGCCCUGAGUUCCGCAAGGGAGCUUGCAGACGAGGGGACAUGUGCGAAUAUGCUCAUGGGGUUUUUGAGUGCUGGUUGCAUCCUGCACAAUAUCGAACCCGGCUUUGCAAAGAUGGUACGAACUGUGAUAGAAGAGUUUGUUUCUUUGCCCACAUGCAAGAGGAACUCAGGCCACUGUAUAUGUCUACUGGUUCUGCUGUUCUUUCACCUCGAUCAAAUGCUUCCGCUGCCAAUGCUAUGGAUUUUGCUGCUGCAAUGGGCCUUAUACCAGGUUCUCCAUCCUCAGUUUCUGUCAUGUCCCCGUCACCGUUCACUCCUCCAAUGUCACCCUCGGCUAAUGGUGUUUCAAACAUGGGUUGGCCACCACAAAACGUCCCAGCUUUACAUCUUCCUGGCAGCAAUCUUCAGUCCAGUCGCUUGCGUUCAUCACUAAAUGCAAGAGAUAUCCCUGCUAAAGACCUGACUAUGUUGUCUGAUUUUGAUGUGCAGCAACAGCAGCUACUAAAUGGACUGUCUUGCCUAUCGCAGUCCAGCACUCAUGCUAAUUCUUUUAAUCGUUCAGUUCGUCCUAAGACCUUAGCCCCUUCGAAUCUCGAGGAUUUAUUUUCUGCUGAGGGGUCAUCUCCUAGAUUUUCUGACCAAGCUUUAUCUCAAGCUGUUUUUUCCCCAACCCACAAGUCUGCGGUUUUCAACCAAUACCUGCAGCAGCAGAAGGCCAUGUUGUCUCCGAUUAAUACAAAUUUUUCACCAAGAAAUGUCGACAAUCCUAUGUUGCAGGGCUCUUUUGGAGUUCCAUCAUCGCGGAGUAUGUCUCCCCGAGGAAUGGAACCAAUCUCACCCAUGAGUUCCCGUGUCUCAAUGCUUGCUCAAGGUGACAAGCAACAUCAAUUUAGGAGUCUCAGCUCUCGUGAUCUUGGCUCCAGCGCUGCUUCUGCCAUUGCUGGCUCUCCCUCAGAUACUUGGUCGAACUGGGGUAUAGCUCCAGGAAAGCCAGAUUGGGCUGUCAAUAGCGAGGAGUUUGGUAGGCUAAGGAGAUCGUCAUCAUUUGAGCUUGCCAACAAUGGAGAAGAGCCUGAUCUAUCUUGGGUCCAAUCUCUUGUCAAAGAAUCACCACAGGAAGCUAAGAACAAAUCUGCAUCUCGAGUAUCAGGCCUUACAGAUUCUGGUGCAGAUAUCACCGAAGGCUCAACAUCUGGUUCCCAGAUUGAACAAUAUGAUCAACUUGGUGCAUGGAUGGAGCAAAUGAAGCUCGAUCAGCUUAUAGCUCGGUAAAUUAUCCUUAUUUUCAUUUUACCGAUCCUUGACCUUACCAAAGCAUAAGGCUUUGGAAAUGGUCAUUGGUCUCGAUUCUUGGUGUUCACUUCAUGUUGGCUUGGAAGCAGGCCAGCAGCAGUAGAAGGUCCAUGAUUCUGAAGAAAAAUCAUUUUUCUAAUUUGAUUUAAAGCAGGUACAAGAGAAAAACCUGUUUACGCGAGUUUUCUCUAACCUUACAGUAUGUAGACUCAUUACUCAUAAGAAAAUUUUACCUUUGCUUAUUUGGAUCAGAGUACUGAAAGCAGUUGUCAUUUUUAUGACAAUUAUGUAUUAACAUGAAAUUAUUUCACCUGAAUAUUGUUAAAUGUGUUGAUUUUUUUGGUCCAGAUGUGUA